AUAAAUUUUUGGCUUUUAUUUUUUUACAUAACCACAAAGUCUCUAAAGUCUAUACACCAAUCAAACCCUCGUUGGCAAUGAAAAGAUGGAGGAAUCAGAAGAUUAAAUGACUUGUCUAGAUGUACGUGGCCAAGUAGAACUAGGAAAUUUAUUUUUGAUGGUAUUUUUUGCGUUUCGCCGAAGAUCUUUGUAACCAUUUUUUUUAAUUUUCUGCAUAAUUUAUUUUUUUCAGAAAUUGAAACGCAUACUUUUUUCUGUAAAAAUUGGAUUUGUUGAGAUUUGAACUCUAGACUUAGGUAUAAAAGCUUUAAUUUUGACCACUAAACCACGGUGCUUCCGCAGAGUACAACAGUUUGGGAGCGGUUUUGUAUAUUAAAACUGCCACGUGUUGUACCAACAGUAGGUGGUUCAAUGACUUCUCUCCAGUCUCCACUAUCUCUUUCACUGGCUGCCGAUUCACCGUUCCACUUCCGUCCCUCCCUCGUCUCCGGGGGAGCCUAUAAGGCUAUUAUAACUCUAUUUCCCAUUUUCCCUCUCUUUUAAUUAAAAAAAUUACAACUUAACCCAAAAAAAUACAACGGUGAAAAGAAAAAAAGAAAAAAAAUAUACAAAAGCUGGACUCUGUACGAAACAGACAACACUUGCGAAAUAGAAAAUACGGAAGAACCAGAUUCGCAUGAAUCGCCGGUGAAGGUGUACCAUAAGCUGUAUUAGAAAAUGAGAAAAGUCAGAGAGAGAGAGAGAUUUUAGAAAUCAUGUAUAGAGAGAGAGGAAGGGCAAGUUCGAGAUCGGAGGAGGUUGUAAUCAACCAACCUCUUGAACGUCCUUCUUUGUCAACCUCCCGUCUAGCUAACGGCAAGGGAAAAGGAACCGUCUUGACGGGAAAGCAGCAGCCGCAUGACAGUAGAGAUUCGCGUUCUGCUUCUCUCUCCAAGAAUAACGCUUCAGACAGUGAAGAAGAAGAAGAAGAAGAAUCUGAUGUCAGUGGUUCAGACACCUCGUGGGUAUCUUGGUUCUGUAGUGUAAGGGGAAACGAGUUCUUCUGCGAAGUUGAUGAUGAUUACAUUCAAGAUGACUUCAACUUAUGUGGACUCAGCAGUCUUGUUCCGUACUACGAGUACGCUCUUGAUCUCAUUUUGGAUGUAGAGUCUUCUCAUGGGGAGAUGUUCACAGAGGAACAGAAUGAGUUGAUUGAGUCAGCAGCUGAGAUGCUUUAUGGACUUAUUCACGCGCGUUACAUAUUAACAACCAAAGGGUUGGCUGCAAUGUUGGAUAAAUACAAAAACUACGACUUUGGAAGAUGCCCUAGAGUUUAUUGCUGUGGCCAACCUUGUUUUCCUGUUGGCCAAUCGGAUUUGCCUCGAUCAAGCACCGUGAAGAUAUAUUGCCCUAAAUGUGAAGACAUUUAUUACCCAAGAUCGAAAUAUCAAGGCAACAUUGACGGUGCUUACUUUGGGACAACGUUUCCACAUCUGUUCUUGAUGACUUACGGACAUCUCAAGCCACUAAAGGCAACACAUAACUAUGUUCCAAGAGUGUUUGGGUUCAAAUUACACAAGCCGUGAAGGAAGUUUAAGAUAGAGACACCCUAAGAAUCAAGAUUAUGGCUUUGGAUUUGAAAAGAGAAACAAGAAGCACUGUAAUCACGAAAGGUGAAGAAGCAGUCUUGGCUCUAUUUUGUCAUCAGGUACAUACACAUUAGAAGCAAGCAAAAGCAUGGUUAGGAGAAAAUCAUUUAAUGAGCUUUUAAACUUGCACCUGUAUGUUCCUACUUUAGUUUCCACUGUCCAGGGUUUAGUAGUUAGUCAAGUUCUUGGACCGGGUCCGGGUUUGAAAUUGCCAGACGUUAAUCAAAUGGUCGAAUAAACCCGAGUCUUUUGCUGUGUA